AUGGGUUUUUUUCGGAGCGGUGUUAAGGUUAACAAAGAUUCAGUGGAAAAAAGAAUUUCAACAGAUGAUCCACGUGUUAAUGCAUCUAGCCGUAAAAGUGCUAGCGCAGAAGAUGAAGAAACUGGUGAAGCUAGUGUAAAGAAGCAUAAAAACGGAUGGAUGUUUGAACAAGCCAGACAAAUGCUUUCCGAAUCAUUAAAAAAAAGAUAUAGACAAAAACAAAUCAAGAAAGAAGAGUACAAAAUUAUUAUGAAGAAAGGUGUGAGCGCUCUUUCGAAACGUACUCGACUGGACCAGCAAAAAGUCGAUGAAUACGCAGACAAAUAUGUUGAAUGCAUGAUACAUCGCCGAAAAAAAAAAACUUAA